UGCUAGCUAGGCUGGUCGUGACAAUGACAUCACUGACACAAUUGAGAGCCGGCUUCCUUUAAUCUGGGUCCAAGAUGGCGGCCAUUUUGCAGGAGGCCCCUGUGCAAGCCGCCCUGCAGAUCGCAUCGCCGAUGCUCGCAGUAGGUGGUGCUGAGGGGACAAUUGGAGCCAAGGUGGCGCCGUCUGAAGUGCCGUACAAGCUGGUCGAACGGCCACAGGAACUCAUUCAGGAGGGCACAUCCGUGCUGCUUGACAUCAAUGGCGAGAAAACGAGCUUUGCGGUCGUGAAGAAAACACUGAAAGUCAGGGUCGGCAAGAACCUGGUCUCUUUGGAACCACUGAUUGGGUUACCUUUUGGCUCAAAGUUUGAGGUGCGGACUGGCCCAAACACAGCGGACCUUGUCCCUGUGUCAGCAGCCAAAGCAGCGGAGGCUGCAAAAGCAAGGGAAGAAACCCCUGGCACGGAAGGAGAGGAGGGGCCUAGCGGGGGGAAUGGAAAGCAGAGGGAAGAAAUGGUUCAGAGUCUGGUGGCGAAAGUGACUGAAGAGAGAGCGCUGAAAGUUGGGGCUUCUCCUGCCGCCGUGAAGAAGGACAACCGAGCGCUGGUUGACAAUAACACAGCGCAGGCGCUGUCAAAGGAAGACGUUGAGGAGCUGCGGAGGCAGGGCCUUUCGGGUCAGGAGAUCAUCCAGGCACUGGUGGCCAACAGCGCGACGUUCAGCGGCAAGACCGAGUUCUCCCAAGAGAAGUACUUGAAGAAGAAGCAGAAGAAGUAUGCGCCGCAGAUGACGGUGCGGCGCCCGUCGGGCCGCAGCGUGUGUGAGGCGUACUUCAACAAGAACCCUGAGAAGACGUGCCACCUGCGCACCGAUUCCCUCUCCUUCUUGCUCGCAAUGUCCAACGCGAGCGCCCACCACGACGUUCUCGUUUUCGAAACGUGCGGAGGCCUUGUCACGGCCGCGGUCGCAGAGCGCCUAGGGGGCCACGGCACUCUCUGCAGCACCUACUCAGGGCCUCGCCCCGACUCUAUCGACCUCGCGCGCAUGUUCAACUUUGACGAAGCGACCGCAAAUAGCAUCUCGCGGGCGUCAAUGCAGUCACUGGUCGAUGGUCGGUCGAAAAAGGGGGAGAACGCGGAAGCAAGUGGGAGAGAACUAGACGAAGCGACGCAGGCAGGAGAAGAAGAGGGAGCGAGAAUGGGGGCAGACGUUGACGUGGCCACUGCGGGAGGGGAGCCUGCGAGCGCAACAGGGGCGAGUGAGAUGGAUGUUGAUGAAAAGCCGAGUAAUUCGAAACAGGGGCCUAGCGAAGUAGACGAAGGGGCGACUGACGGGUGGCGAAACCUAGGCGUUGGUUUAGAGUCGAACGAAGAAGAAGCAAAGGGAAGUGGUUUGCGAACAGAGCGAAACGAGGUGGGGGUUUCUGGAGAGGGCCCUGUAGAAGCAGAAGGCACCGGGUGGCGGGGCCUGGGAGUGGGGGACGAAACUGUGACCGGCAGCGAAGCAGGGCCUUCCAACCGGGCGACCAAAGCGGCAGAGAGGAAAGCACGGAGAGACGAAAAGAGGAAGGCGGAGGGAGGGGGGAACAAGGGGAACAGGCUCGGCAUGGCGGCGAGUGAGGAGCUGUUACAGCAGUGGGCUAGGCAAGGAUUUACGAGCCUUGUAGUUGCCGCGCCGAAUUUCCAGCCCUUAGCAGUCGCUCAAGUGAUGCUCCCGCUGCUGGCCCCUUCUUCGUGCUUCGCUUUCUACCAUACGUCGCUCCAGCCUCUGGCCGAAUGCAUGCACUGGCUCCAAGUGAACCGAAAGGCUGUCGCGUUGCAACUUGGGGAACCGUGGCUACGAGAGUACCAGGUGCUGCCGGCCCGGACACACCCCCAGAUGCAAAUGAGCGCCACGGGCGGUUACGUUCUGAGCGGCAUAACCAUCGUGGAGGAAGCGAACCCAGUAGAGGAAGAGAACAAGUCGAAAGAAGCGGGCAAUAAACGGAAGCGAGGCAAAGGGGCUCCGCCGAGAGGAGGCGGAGGGAAGAGAGGCCGGGGACGAUAAGGGAGGAGCUUUUUACCAGCCCAUAAAAUGCACGCGCAUUAGUAGCAUGGAGCACUUGGCACUUGCAUGCCGGCUACUUUCUGCAGAGACACAUUCACAAUAACUGACGUGAACGACGAAGUUCAACUUCAGGCGCGCAAAGAGACCCUAGGUUGAGGCAGAUUGUGUGCUUAGUGCCUGCCGUGAGAAUGUGCUUUGUAAUCUCUCAUCUGCCACCUACGAGGAGACGAACAAGCAUGUAGAUGCAUAGUUGUUCGGCCUCGUUGAACCAACCA